GGCUGGACUACACUUCAGCAGUGUGGAUCUGGACGUUGGUAGUUGGCUAUGUGUUGGCUGUUUCAUUCAAGUGGAAUGCAAGCACUGAGCGCUACUUGAGAGCAGUUUCAAUUCCUGUCUGGAUUAUAUUGCUUUUUCAUUUAGCAUCUCUGGCUGGCUCAUGGAGAAUUCCAGUAUUCCUGGUUAUUGUUUUCCUGAUGUCUGUGGGCACCCUCUAUGAAAAACAGAAUGGAAAAGAAUCUUCUGGGGCAGAGUUACCAGGGCAAGUUAUCUCCAUGGCUGCUUCUACUCUGGCAACCUUGGCCAUCUCUAUCACAGGGUAUGAAUCGAGCACUGAAGACCAGCCCUCUACUCAGCCUGCAGAAACCAUGGACAGAGGCGAACCCCCUCCAACAUUGUCCUCAUCUUCGCCCUCUUCCCCUUCGCCCACGCUGCGCAGGCAAAGGCCUGAGAUCGGAGCGUUCCCCAGAAAGAAGAAAACUAGCGACUUCUACUUCGUGACCCUCGUCUGGGCCAUCAUUGCCGUCCAGCUCUGGUUGAACCUGUGGAUCGUGCAGCUGCUGCCAGUGCCCAUUGCAGUCUGGAUACUCAAAAAGCUUGUCAUUCACUUUGGAGUCGUGGACUUCCUGGAGAAGCGCUGCGCCGUGUGGUGGCGGGUCGUGGAGCGCUUCCUGAAGGACCGGCAGGAAGCGCUAGCGCCAUGGCCAAUUGUCGGACUUGGGAAAUUCUUGUUAAAAGUUGAUAGCAAGCUCUGGCACUGGCUAAAUAAGAAGAUUAUCAUCUGGUUGGAGAAGAUGUUAGACAAAAUAAUUAGCAUUUUCAUCAUAUUUUUGUUAGUAAUAGGAACCCUUCUUUUAGCCCUACUCCUGACUGCAAAGGUACAUCAAGAAAGUGUGCACAUGAUUGAAGUCACAAGUAGUUUGAUUAAUGAAACUCUAGCAAAUCACCCUGAGUGGGCAAAUUGGCUUCCUGAGGCUCAGGUAGUCCAAAGAGCCCUCAAUUCUGCAGCUAACAAUGUGUAUCAGUAUGGACGAGAAUGGAUAACCCACAAGCUUCAUAAAAUUCUUGGAGAUAAGGUGAACAAUACUGCUGUGAUUGAAAAGCAGGUACUAGAACUUUGGGACAGACUGUAUCAUUCUUGGUUUGUAAAGAACGUAACGCACUCUGGGAGGCACAAAGGACACAAGAUGCAUAUAAACCGUCAGAACAGCUGGCUGGGAGACAUUCUGGACUGGCAGGAUAUCGCGUCCUUCGUCCACGAGAACAUCGAGACAUUUCUUUCUAUAUUAUCUUUUGGCUUUCCAAUAUGGAAGAUGAAGAUCUUGGAGUCUCUGUGGAUUGUUAUGAGCCGAAACGUGAGCCUGCUUUUCACCACUGUCACCACGCUCCUGACCAUCCUCUUCUACAGCGGCACGGCCCUUCUCAAUUUCGUGCUCUCUCUGAUCAUUUUCCUGACCACACUGUUUUAUCUGUUAAGUUCCAGUGAUGAGUACUACAAGCCCGUGAAGUGGGUGAUAAGCCUGACACCACUGUCUCAGCCAGGCCCUUCUUCUAAUAUUAUUGGCCAGUCUGUGGAAGAAGCUAUCAGAGGAGUGUUUGAUGCUUCCCUCAAAAUGGCUGGCUUCUAUGGAUUGUACACCUGGCUGACUCAUACUAUAUUUGGCAUCAAUAUUGUCUUCAUACCAUCAGCUUUAGCAGCAAUCCUUGGAGCAGUGCCAUUUCUGGGGACAUACUGGGCAGCAAUACCUGCAGUUCUAGACCUGUGGCUUACACAAGGCUUAGGAUGCAAAGCUGUCUUACUGCUGGUUUUUCAUCUCUUGCCAACAUACUUUGUAGAUACUGCCAUCUAUUCUGAUAUUUCAGGAGGUGGCCAUCCUUACUUGACAGGCCUGGCCGUGGCUGGCGGAGCAUACUACCUGGGCCUGGAAGGAGCAAUCAUCGGGCCCAUACUUCUCUGCAUACUUGUGGUCGCUUCCAACAUCUAUAGUGCCAUGCUAGUGAGUCCCACGAACUCAGUUCCCAUGGCAAACCAGACUCCGUGGCCUGCUCAGAGUCAGCGGACUUUCCGUGACAUUUCUGAAGAUCUGAAAUCUUCAGUAGACUGACAUGGCUUCUGCUUCAGUGAUUUCUCUAGGAAGUUCAACCUUGACUGUGAGUUCAGCUCAGCAGUGUCUCCUGUCCUUUCGGCUGUGCCUAGCACGCAGAGCUGGGGGAAGAAGCAGAGUCUCCUGGCCUUCCUACAGAAUGCGUGGACAAGAGCGACCUUGCUGUGAGCUGCUUUGCAUUUUAAAGCACAGCUUUAGAGCUCCGAGAUGUGGUUUGCUCACCUAACUGUUGCUCAGAUGGCUUAGUUAAGAGUUUCAGUGUAUACACUGGUACCAUGGCUUGAAAUUUACCCCCUUUGCUUAUCUGUAUUAUUAUAAUAUGUAUUUAUAAAGUCAUUUUUUAAGAGCCCUAAACUACCUACUGUUAAAAGGACAUACAUGUAAUUUUUCUCCUGUUUUAAGAAAUCUGUUCAUAAACUUUUCUACAACAGUCACUUUUCAAUGAAAAGGGCUUUCACUUUUGAGUACGUAGUUGCUUGAGCAGGAAAAAUGUGUCUUCUACCCUUUUCCCACAAUGUGUGGUCCUCUCUAAGGAAGAACCAAUCUUCCGUGUAAGGGCAGGUGGCUCACUUCAAGUUCAGUUAGUUGUGUGUUGCAACCAAAGGAGAGACAGACUGAUUGAAGAUCUCUCUCCCCUUUCUUCUGCUCCAUCCCCCCAUUACACUGUUGCCAAAUUUCUAAAACUUGGCAGACCAAUGGCAUUGAAGUGAAAUACAUGUCAGCUGCUAUUAGUGGUAACAAUAUGAUAGAAUUCAUGUUGGGGUUUUUUUCUUUCCAAAUGUUUCAAGUGAAAAAUCUCAGGUGCACCAGUACUCUGAUUUGUUAAAUGUAUCCCUGCUUCACCAUUUGGAAUUCUGCCACUUGGUUACUUACAGACCAGAAUUUUGUAUUUAUGUAGUAUUUUCCCAUCACUUAGCGCAGUGCCUUGCACGUGAGACUGAGAUGAAUGCCUGUUGAAUUACAUUGUAACUUCUUAAAUUUAUCGGAUAUCACAAUAACCAGCAUAAUGCUUUACAUUUUACAAAGUCUCUUUGCCUGUAAUUAUUUCACAACAACUUCACAUAACCUUUCAUACAGCAUUAUGUUGUUUUAUAACAGUUUCACACAUGAUGAAGCUAAGGUUUAGAAAACUGACCAACUGAAAGUCAUAAAGUUCAGUAAGAUUUGACCUCAAUCUUCUGACUCCGUAAGUCUGCAAACUCUGCUUAUGCUGUAGUGUUUCUUCUACUACCUUACAGUUUUCCGUGCUGUGAGAUAGAAUAGGUGUCCUUGGACUUGUCCUCUGUUCAUGAGGGCUGGGACUAGAACCCAGCUCCUAGCUCUGUGCCCUUGCCACCAGAUAAAACAAUCCUCAGGCUCUGUCUCUGCCCCCAGGGGAAUGUGGAGGAGAAAGGUUUCUUAAGAAUCAGAGAUCACCGGUUUGGAAAACACUUAAAAGUAGAAAUUAUUUUAUCUCAAACACUUUUUCACUAAAAAGCACAGUUAGUAUAACUAGCUUAAAUUUAUUUUGAUAUUAAGAAAAACUCCAUUUAGAAGAGAGGCUACCAUGAAGUCUUUGUUUAUACAGUAGACUCUGCACAUCUCGAAUUUUUCUUAUGAACCCUUCAACAAUUAUAAUUUGAUAUAACACCGAUGUUACAUUUGGCCACUAAUUACUUUCUCUAGUUAGUUGUUUAAUCAUUUAUUCAGUAAAACAUUUGCUAAGAGUUUGCCAAGCUCUAGGCCCAAGCCAGGCACUGUACAGGGUGCUGUAGGGGAUAACUCAUAAGCAGGCCUUCUCUUUCGGUAAAUCUUAGCCAGAUCAUGUGUAUUGCUAAGACAAAAAAUUUGCAUUAAAGGGGUUAAAAAAGAAUUCGGGUUUGUAUUUGUUAAUUGUAUACUGGUAAGUUUAUAGCUGUAAUUUGCACGCAUUCACAAGAGGUAGAUGUUGUACACAAUGAGUUGGGUGCCUAUACAGAUUAUGUUCUUUCAAAGUGCUGGUCAUAAUUAUUCAUAGGGAUACCAGGUUGUUAGAGGGGGGACUCUGAGCUCUAAGAGACGAGGUUAGAGCUGCCAGAAUGAGCAGUUAUGUAAUAACACCUUGGGACAGCAGGAACAGAGGUGCCCUAGUGCUACCCAGGCCUGAUCAGGAAUGGAAGUGCCCCAGCACUCCAGCCGCUGCAUAAGGACAGGGAAGGCUGGCCGGCUAGGGGAGGUCUUCCUGGAGCCCUCACAAACAUGCCCCCCUCAGGUAUGGUGAGGGUGUGCAGAAUCUCCACAGAGCAUAGAGAUCAGGUGGUAUGAAAAGGUAGGAGUCUCAAGCUCAAGUUUUAAAGAUGACCAGCCCUCUGAUUCUCAGGUCGGAUCUGACCCAGAAAGAGGGAGAAAAUGCAUCGAUGAAGUAGAAGUAGCUUCAAUAAAAACUGAGUUCAGAAAUCCUAUCACAAUGUCUUGCCUUUUACAGCUCGAUUAAAGAUUAGUUUUAAGUUCGAAUUCACUAUUCGGUUAUAAACUAAAUGGAGGAGAUAAAAACUCCCCACACAAACAUGCUCCUCCCUUCCUCAGAGAACAGGCCUGUGGUAUUCAGCAUAAACUCCAUAUAUCAGUCCUGCUUCAGUUCCAAAAUUCUUACCAUACUCUCUGUUCCUGGAAGUGACCUCUGUCAGACUGCUUUAGAUACCAGUCUUAUUUAUUUUUUUCCAUUUGCAAGGAAUCCUAACACGCUCUUCCAUAAGAGGUGGUGAGCUGGCAGAGUGUUCCCUUGACCUCUGAGACUGGUGUAGAGCGACCCUGGGCAGUGGGAGGAUAUCCAAGAACUGUUAUGGAGAUGCUGUAUUUAAACAAACUCAGUAGCUCUUGGAAAUGGCAGCUGUUUAUUCCAGUUAAAAAGGGCUGCUCCAGGGCUUACAGAUAAAAUCCUCUGGCUGACCUUGGUCUUAGCAGGAACCCAUCAGUGACCCUUCAGGACUUCCUAGUACCACUAGUUCUCACUUUCAUUGUAUUUAGCGUUUCAGGAAGUGUCCCUGCUGGGCAAGAAAUACUCAGAAAUUCAGGCCAUGGGGGUUACAUUAGAGAAAAGUAAUUUUAGGUGAGCUAUCUGUGGCUUUCCACCCCAGGUUUAUAGGAAAAACCCCUUCGGAACUUCCCAUACUCUGGUCCUGACCUGAGGGUCUUACAAGAAUUUUACAGUAGGCACUUCACAGUGGAAAUAGCCUCUGAGAAUAAACUUACACAUGCUAGUUCCGGCUAAAAAUAAGUACUUUUGUUUUUAUUGUUGCCUUUACAUAGUUUCCAAUCAAAAUAUAUUCAUUUUAUUAAUUUACUGAGGACCUGCAAAAAAAUGUGCAUACUAUCUGAAACACUGAGCAGUUAUUUUUUGAUAGACCUGAUUUACAGUUCUUUUAUUUUUAAACUGUCUGUCUAUUGGCAUCACAGACAUUCUGUGCUAGAAUGGGCCUUAUAUAAUUACGUGGUUCUGUCAUUUUCUAGAGAAGGGAACAUAUCCACAGGUCCAAGCGGCUUUUCUAACACACACAGCCAGUUAGGAACAAUUCAGAGUAGAGUACACUUCUCUUUCUCUCCCAGUCCAUUGUUCUACUUCUCUUUCCCUUUUCCUCAUAGUCGAGUAGCUCUUGGAAAAACAUGUUUCUUGUAGCAGUUGUUCAAAUGGAUGUUAUGAGAUGGUAUCAGAGAAUAAAGUGUGCAUGGGGGAGGGGACGCCAAGGUCAAUUAAAAUUGAGAAAUGCUGGGUUUGUUUUCUUCCUAUAGGACUUUUCAGAGUUUUUGACGUGCUAUUCUAUAUUGUGAAUUUAUGAGAGGGGACAAAGACUGUGUUCACUUAGACUUAUUUGACCUUAAACUGCAGCCCCAUCCUUCUUUUUCUCAGAGCAUCUCAAAGUACUACUGGUCCUUUGGGAAACAUAGCUCUACAGUAAGUUUACAGCUUUUGUAUAAGACAUCCUUAGUGGAAUUUCUGAAAGGUAAAUCUAUUACCAUGGUACCCUGUAGUCGUAACAAAUCUCAAAGUUUACUGAGAAUACUAGAAAGAAAACAUAUUUGCCCUUCGGAGCUAUAUGUAAAGUAUAAGGAGUCUUACCACCUAUGGUGCAUAAAAUCAGUAUUUGUGUUUAGUUUUGCAAGUUUUUCAAGGAUCAAUUAAUGUGCAGAUACAGUGGUGAUAUAUUGUUAUUACAUUUUAAUAAUGCUUUUGUGUGGCACUUUAUUGUUUUCAGGUUGCUUUCAUAACAACCCUGUGAGAAAGGCAGGUGUUAAGUAUUAUCAGAUGAGGCACUGGAGGCUCAGAAAGGUUUUUGUGGCCCCCCCCCCCCGAUAUUAUAACACAAAGUAAUGGAGCCAGAAUUCAGUUUCAGAAUUUCUGACUCCAAGUCCAGAGUUAUUCACACCUGGUUUCUUGUUUUCCUUCUAGCUUUAUAUUUUACAGUGAAAGGUGUGGAAGCAAUUCUUAAAGUAACAUCAUUUUGGCUUAUUAUCAAACACUGUUUCUUCUUUAUUGCAGUGACUCAGAAUUUAAGGAGUAUUACAGCUAUCCCAAAGAAAACCCUCCUUUUGUCCCUUGCACUGCCAAUUUGUUUAGGUGACUGGAGUGUAUAACAGGCACCAUUUGAUUUCGAAACCAAGAUUGGAUAUGUAAUUGUGAUUGCUUAUGUAAUUUUGGAAACUGUACCAUCUCUGCAUUCUCAGGCAAAGUGGAGAUGAGAUGGUGUGAAAGUAAAAAAGAGAAUAUUCAAAUACAAUACACCUUUGUUCCCUCACAAAUGCUGUUUCUUAGCUUUAACUUGCUUUGACAACCUACUGAUGUAAGUACUUUGUAAAUGUAAAAUAUUUAUAUUUUGAAAUAAAAUAACUGGUGUUGAAUGAA